UCCAAAAGCAAUGUGAAUUCAAUGGAUGAACCACACAUCUAUAAUCCACAAAGGCAAAAAUAUCUAACGAAAAAAGAAAAAUGGAAAAAAUAAAAAUCUCAAAAACAAAAGGCUUACCUUAUCCUCUCAAAUCCAAUAGCUAUAUCCAAUGAUCAUCUCUACCUCACUUUCCAUCACCACCACUGCUACCACCACCAUCUCAUAUCCUCACCGUCUCCACUACCACAGUCAUCGCAGCCACCGUUUCUCUCUCCUUCCUAAAUCCACCCUGGCCAACACCUCAAUUCCCGCUACCCUUUCCACCCUCAACGAUCCCAAAACCGCCAUCAUCAUCGGCGGCGGCCUCUCAGGUCUCUCCGCUGCCACGUUCCUCCACUCCUCCGGCAUCCCCUUCCUUCUUCUCGAAGCUUCCGACGGCGUUGGCGGUCGUGUCCGUACAGAUGUCGUCGACGGCUUCCUCCUCGAUAGAGGCUUCCAGAUAUUCAUCACCGCCUACCCCGAAGCACAGAAGCUUCUCGAUUACUCUUCCUUAGACCUCCAGAAAUUCUACUCUGGAGCUCGCGUCUACUACAAUGGCGGAUUUCACACUGUUGCUGACCCAGUCCGCCAUUUUUGGGACUCCCUCGGAACCCUAGGUAAUCCCAUUGGUACAAUUCUUGACAAAUUGCUCAUCGGAUUAACGAGAAUCAAGGUUUUGACGAAAUCAUAUGAGGAAAUAUACAUAGCUAAUGAGGUACCUGUGAUUGAAUUACUGAGAAGUUCGGGAUUUUCGGAGUCGAUAAUUGACAGAUUUUUCCGGCCGUUUUUCGGGGGGAUUUUCUUCGACCGGGAACUCGAAACAACAUCGAGGUUGUUCGAUUUCAUCUUUAGGUGCCUGGCAUUGGGUGAUAACACGCUUCCGUCGAAAGGAAUCGGCGAAAUUCCGAAUCAAUUAGCCUCUAAAUUGCCUCAAGAUUGUAUUAGGUUGAAUUCCAAAGUGGUUUCAAUUGAAAUUGAUGAUGAGAAAAGGGUUAAUGUUAGGUUAGAUAACGGAGAGGAGUUGAAGAGUGAAAUUGGGGUAAUUUUAGCAGUUGAACAACCACAAGUUGAAAAUAUUUUAACCGGAAAUUUGCUAGAGAGGGUAAAUAACCCGGGUAAUAAAAAGCCGGGUCGGAGUACAGUUUGUUUGUAUUUUUCUUCGGACCUAGAUAAAAUCCCGACCUCUGACCCGGUUUUGUACCUAAAUGGGUCAGGGCGUGGGAUUGUGAACAAUAUGUUUUUCGCUACUAAUGUAGCCCGAUCAUAUGGUCCAUCUAAUAAGGCAUUGGUAUCUGCAACGUUGAUCGGAUUGUUUGACAAUGUGUCUGACGAUGAGUUGAUCGGUAGGGUGGUUCAGGAGCUUUCGGAGUGGUUUGGGGAUACGGUUGUUGGAAGUUGGAAACAUUUGAGGACUUACCGGGUCAAGUUUGCCCAACCUAAUCAAAGCCCGCCGACAGACUUGCUAAGGAGUCCGAAAAUUGGGGAUGGGUUGAUAUUGUAUUUGUGUGGAGAUUACCAAACUAGUGCUACAUUUCAUGGGGCCUUGGUUUCUGGUAGGAGAGCUGCUGAAGCAUUGCUUGAAGAUAGAGCAGUUAGUAGAGUUGCAAAUUGAUUAAUUAUAGUACUUCGUACUAGUUAGUUUGUUUGGUUGAUGUACAAAGUGUAUAACAAAAACAAACAAUUGGUAUUGUUGUUGGAUAUUUACUCUAUGCAUAAUGUAUUGGAGAAUAGGAAGCUGAAACUUUGUUGUAUGAUU